AGAAAACACUUCCAAAAACAAACAAAUCCCAAAUCAAAUCAUAUCAAAACCAACAAUGAAGAUUCACACCAAAGCUUUAGUGCUUCUGCUUCUCUUCACUUUAGAGUUCUCGUUAAGUUUAGCGGCCGAUGAUGGUCCGAAUUUCAGAACUGUGAUUGGAAUCGAUCUGGGGACAACGUACUCUUGUGUGGGCGUGUAUACAAAUGGGCACGUGGAGAUUAUAGCGAACGAUCAAGGGAACAGAAUCACGCCCUCAUGGGUGGCGUUUACUGACACUGAGCGUCUGAUUGGAGAAGCCGCUAAAAAUCAAGCGGCUCUCAAUGCAGAGCGCACUAUCUUUGAUGUUAAACGCCUUAUCGGGAGAAAGUUUGAUGAUCCUGAGGUGCAGAGAGAUAUAAAGUUCUUGCCUUAUAAGGUUGUGAAUAAAGAUGGAAAGCCUUAUAUUCAAGUGAAGGUUAAAGGCGAGACUAAAGUGUUUAGCCCUGAGGAGAUCAGUGCCAUGAUUUUACAGAAGAUGAAAGAAACGGCUGAGGCUUUCUUGGGGAAGAAAAUUAAAGAUGCCGUUAUCACCGUUCCAGCUUAUUUCAAUGAUGCGCAAAGGUUUGCAACUAAGAAUGCAGGCACCAUCGCCGGGCUCAAUGUGGUUGGGAUAAUCAAUGAGUCUGCAGCCGCGGCCACCGCCUACGAUCUACACAACACAAGGGAAGAGGAGAACAUUUUGGUUUAUGAUCUUGGUGGCGAAACCUUUGAUGUAAGUGUUUUGACUGUUGAUAAUGGUGUGUUUGAGGUUCGUGGUACCAGUGGAGAUACCCAUUUUGGAGGUGAGGAUUUUGAUCACAGAGUGAUGGACUAUUUCAUCAAAUUGAUAAAGAAGAAGUAUAACAAAGAUAUUAGUAAGGACAACAAGGCUCUUGGGAAGCUCAGAAGUGAAUGUGAGAGAGCUAAGAGAGCAUUGAGUGGCCAGCACAAAGUUAGAGUUGCGAUUGAGUCACUUCUUGAUGGUGUUGAUAUCUCUGAGUCAUUUACAAGAGCAAGAUUUGAAGAGUUAAAUAUGGAUCUGUUUAAGAAGACUAUGGCACAAGCGAAGAAAGCUCUGGAAGAUGCAGGCUUGAAGAAGACUGAUGUUAAUGAGAUUGUGCUUGUCGGAGACAGUACUAGAAUUCCCAAAAUUCAGCAAUUGUUGAAGGAUUUCUUUGAUGGAAAGGAGCCUAACAAGGGUGUGAAUCCUGAUGAAGCUGUUGCAUAUGGUGCUGCAGUUCAAGGUGGAAUUCUUGGUGGCCAAGGCGUUGAAAUAUUCAGAGAUCUUCUUCCGGUAUUUGUGGUUCCUCUUAGUCUCGGUAUUGAAACAGUUGGUGGUGUUAUGACCAAGUUGAUUCCCAUGUAUACUGUCAUUCCUACUAAGAAAUCUCAGACUUUUACCACUUACCAAGACCAUCAGACUUUUACCACUUACCAAGACCAGCAAACCACAGUAUCCAUCAAGGUAUGA